AUGGCGAGUCCCACUAGCUUCAGAGGUAUUUACAAGACCCUAGGCAAGCAAGAGAUAGAUGCAGACAUAUACCUCCCCGAAGCCACUAAUGAUAAGAAUAACGGACGGUGCCCAGUUCUUCUGAACUUCCAUGGAGGAGCAUUCAUGCUGGGCUCCUCCAAGAUGAUCAACAGAGAUCAAGUCAGCGAUUGCUUGCAGCGUGGAUGGAUCGUCGUCGCGCCGAACCAUCGCCUAUGCCCUGGGGUUAAUCUCAUCGAGGGGCCGGUCCAAGACUCGCGCGAUCUUCUUGCGUGGGUGUAUGAGGGUGGCCUGCAGGGUGCUAUAUCUUCUCAUACCAGCACCGAGUACAUCGUUGACGUUGGCCACGGCUUUGGAGUCCCCCGUCCAGUGGCCGGCAUAUACAGCCUAUACGGAACAGCCAACUUCUCCAACCCUGUGAUGAGGAACAAGGUGGAUCGUCUUGCAGCCAUCAUCCCCAAGAACCUCACUCCAGAGUUUUUGAACCGGGUCUAUCAUGAAGACCCCGUCCCCACGGAAGGGGGCUUCUCACUUGAGGGUCAGCGGAGCGGAGGGCCGGACUUUAGUGACCCUCGCCAGGCUUUUGUUCAAGUACACAUUGCCAACGGGACCGUACUUGAUGCUAUCCUGCCUUCGGGAGAGUUUGACAAGGUCGAUGCCAUCAAGAAUCUCAGUCCCUCGUUCCCGCCCACGUUUCUGUGCCAUGGCGCAGAGGACAAGAUGGUUCCGCUGGAGCUCAGUGAGGAUCUGUUCAAGGCGCUGCGCGAGCAUGGGAUCAAGUCUGAGCUUAGGGUAAUUCCUGGGGAGGAUCAUAUGUUCGCUGCAAGGAUGAAGGUGGCCUCUCAGACGUGGAACUUGCAACGCGAGGGUUUUGACUUUUUGGAGAACCUGAUUACAAGGUCGUGA